CUUGAUUCUCGGUGGCCAAUUUGCUCGAGCGGUAGCCUCUCUCUGCGGGUCUAACUUUAGAAGUAUUCCCGAAAUAACCACUGAGUGCGUCGGCAGCUCCCUUUCCGUCAGCGCGCAGUGCAGAGGGAGAACGCCGUGACAUUUUUUUCCCGAAUCACAUCGCAAGUCUGCCGUGUACUCGCAGUAGCGGUCGAAUUGCCGCGACGUUGUAUUUGCUUGUGUUUAACUAUUGAGAUACAUAAAAAAAGUCUCGCUGUUAGAGGUCUUCGCAUGCCGUAAUAAUGAACGAGAAGAACAACGACAACAUUAAGGCCGAAGGGCCUGAAAUGGAGAGGAAAGAGAACGAGGGGGAGUGUAGCACCAGAAAACGUACAAAAGAAGAUAGAUCCAAGAAGAAGGAUGACAAGAGGCCAGCAGAACAGUAUUCGAAAAUUCUUAGUCAUGUCUCGACUCCAGAAGAAAAGUUAGAUGUAAUAUGUAAAAAGUAUUCACAGGCAGUUGACGAGAAUCGAAGACUGUCAUUGGCAUUAAAACACUCAGAAAAGAAAGUGGAAUUGCUCCUGCGAGAGAGGGAGCAGCUUCAAAUUGAACGUAGCAAAAGUAUCAUGACGAGAAAAAGAUUGGAGAACCUCUGUCGAGAAUUACAGAAGCAGAAUAAGAUAGUGAAAAAUGAGAGUUUGCAGAGGGUCAAAGAACAAGAAGAGAUCAGGAAAGACCUGUCGGAAAAGUUUCAAGGUGGCCUGGCACAAAUAACCACUCUCAUGAACCAGAACAUUGAGAAGAAUGCCAAGAUGUACGAGGAAAAUCUUGAAAUAAAUAAGAAAUUCAAAGCAGUCUAUGAGCAAGUGGAGCAGAAGGAGCAGCAAUUGCUGAAGGUACAUCAACAGAUGAAAUUAGACUUGCAAGUAGCUGACGCUAAGCUGGCCAAGGUGAAAAUGGAAGCCACCGCUGAGAAGGAAGCGUUGCUGAAAGAGAAGCAGCAACUCCUACUGAAAAUGACAGAAUAUCAGACUCAAAUCAGGGAACUUCAAGCCACUGAAGUGGGGUUGCGAAGUGAGAUCAGCAUGUAUACUGACAAGUACGAUGAAUUUCAAAACGCACUCAAUCGAAGCAACAAGAUCUAUGGCGAGUUCAACGUAGAAAUGGAGAAAAUGACGAAAAAGUUGUACGCGCUGGAGAAGGAAACGAGUUUGUGGAAGCAACGUUGGGCUAAUAGUCACGACGCGUUGCUGGCGAUGGCGGCUGACAAGCAGUCGAGAGACGGGGAGAUUGCGAUGCUUAGCAAAAAGUUAACCUUGCUGCAGGACCUGUGCAAGAUGUUUCAGUGCGAAAGGACGAAACUUCUAGCACAGUUGAAGACGCAGAGCAACAAAGCGCCUUCGCCGGAACCAGCUAGCACACCAGCAUUGGAAUCGCAGGAAGUUGUCAAAUAUAUGAAACAGAUGGACGAGUUACCGAACUUGGAGAACACUUUUGAGCAGCUACAAGCCUCGCUGGCGGAUGUUUCGGAAACUAUGCGAAAAAGUUCCGACGUAAGCUCCAAGGUAGCCUCAGCGAACGGUACCACGGAAGCAGAACAGAAGCCGGAGACAGCAGAAACCGAAUUACAUGAGAAGAAUGCCGAACGAUUACAGACUACGCCCGAAAACUCUACUGAAGACCCGAGCGAAGACUGUGCUUCAUCCACUCUAAAUGGGGAUACAACAAAACCAACCUCCUACGACAGUUUUGUCACGUUAGAUUACACGGUAGAAGCGCAGGAGGUUGAAGAACAAGUGGACGGCCAGGAAUCGUUUAAUACAAGUAAAAAAAAGACGACGGCGGUCAGCAAUAAUGAAUCAGAUGAGUCCUCCAACCAAUCGGUAGAGUCUUUACCGAAAUGUGAAGAAGUAAAAAAAGAUUCCCAUAAACUGACGGAAUUAUCGAAGACUGAUGAAACAAAUGAAGAGGCUAACGAGGAGAUGAAACUACUGGAAAACGUGGAAACGAACGAUCAGUCGGACGUUGCAGAGGAAAAAGCGUACGAAAAUAUUGAAGAGGCCAACGGUGAGACGACAAUUGAAGAGUCUGACGAAAUUCCUCAGGAAUUGUCUGCAUUUGAACUUGAGGCUCUUGAAUUUCUAGGAUCUAUGUUACCACAGAGAGAAUUCUCAAUUAAAGAGACGGAUUGUGUGAUGUUGUUAUGUGAUGUUGCGAGUAAUCACUUGGAAGAGCAAUCGGAAUGUCAAAUCAUCGAAAAUACAAGCAGCAAUAACAAAACGCAUGAAAAUGCAGUAUGCGAGGAUGUAGAAGCGGGCAAAUACAUGGUGUGUGCAAAUUCAAGCGUCGUUUGUAAUGAGAUCGUAUCGGAAGAUUGCACGCAAAAUAAUCCAGUCGCGGCAGUCGAAGGCAAUAUUGAAUCCAUAGUUGAAACUAAUAAUAAUAACGAAUCUGCGACUGAGUCUAUUAGCACGUUAGUUAAAAAUACUUCCGAGGUCUCCAAGACCGCUGAUGUAGUAGCUGCGGCUGAAGACACAACCUUGGUAGCCCAGAAGAAAUCCGAAGCCGUAGCCGAAACUGUUAAUGAAGUAGUCGAAAGUAGUUUCGAGUUAACCGACAAUACUAUCGAUACUUGUGUCGCUAAAGACGUAUUGUCAGUAGAUGAAGAAAAUAUUUGUAAACUCGCAACAGAGGCUACCUGUAUACUUGCAACGAAGAACGUUGCUUCGUCGAAGGAAGCGCCGACGGAAGCGUUGACAUCAGAGAGCAAUUGUGCAGAGGAAAAGAUCAGCAAACCGACGUCGAUAAAGAAGAGAAGAAGGAAAUGAAACCACACACACAAGGCAUCGGCGCAAUUUCGUUCCUUGCCGCGUAAACCGGAUGUGACAUAGAGGCAUGAAGAUUGUAUAGCUGAAAAACCAAUCAAAACUAGAUCUUUCCUUGUUUCGUAAUAGAACAUCCAGCUCUGUAGUGAGAGACGGGACGCGGGGACACGAAAACAUUUAAAGACUUUAUUAGGGAUUUUUCACGCUCUGCACAUGUGCAUAAAAAUAUUUAAAGAUUCCUACAUUAAAUCGAUGUCAUUUACACAUCACUAGUCUUCGAGUGCAUACACAUUGAAUACGCCCGAUCCUAUUCCCAUUAAAAAAAUGGAGCGGUUUCCGUCGUUUCGCUCGUUCCUAUCGUUCCUCCUACGAGGUUCAUUAAUCCGCCCGAAUGCACGUCGGUCGAGAUUUUUGUAACUUUUAUUAGUCAUUACUCAUACAGGUAUCACGCACGCGCCGAUGUUACAAGAAAAAAAAAAAAAAAAAA